CACCACCACCGCCACAACCACCCUCUUCUCCCAAUUCCCUGCCGAUGGCGACCCAAAAUAGACCAUCAUCUCUAUCUCUCCGUAGCCGCCGCUUCCACCGCCUUGUACCCGCCGCCUAUUUUGCCGAUCAGAAUUGGGAAUGGUGCCCUAUUUUUCCCUGAGAUUAUUGCGUUCUCCUUGGUCGAAUAAAUGGCGUCGCCGGAGUAGUUUUCAGAAAUAUUCCGAAAAUGCGUCCGCCGGCCGGUCAAUAAUCAACGUGACACUCUCUCUCUUCAUGUGUAAGGUAGAAAAAUAUGGUAUUUUUGGCUUUAUAUUUGACGGAUUUAAUUUCGUAUUUGCAGACUGCUUCGAGUAAUGUAGCUCCGCCUUGCACUUCAUGUAAUUUUUUACUCAUCAAUUUGUUGGAUAUGAAGCCCUUUAUAUACUGUUGGAACUUGGCUUGUUUUGAGUUUUUCCUUAUUUUCUUUCCCAUAGAUUAAUUGACAAAUCAAUCACCAGGAGCUCAUGUAAUUCACUUGGGAGAUACUUUUCGAUCAACGCGGGAUCCUCUUGCAGCUACAAUGGCUUCUAGAAGAGAAUGGCUGCCGCAAACUCACAAGAGAGAAACACGAGCAAUGCUGAUUCGCCAGGUUCAAAUAUGGUGGAGACGUUGAAACAAUUACUUGUUAGGUAUGGAACUCAGCUUCUUAAACCGUGUGAUUCUACAGAAGAGCUUCUGGAAUUACUUCAUAAUUUACAUUGUGUUUUAAUACACACACGUCAUGAUCACAAGGACCGGGUACAAUUGGCACUUCAAUCAUCAAAAGAAGCGCUAAUUGCCAAUGAGCUUAUAAGACAUACUGAAAGGGAUGUAAGAAUUUCAGUGGCCUCAUGUAUCUCUGAGAUCGUACGAAUAACUGCACCUGAUGAACCAUACAAGGAAGACCAGAUGAAGGAGUAUUUUGGGCUUCUUAAUACUGCUCUUGAGAACUUGUCUUUCAUGUCUGGCGGAGCCUAUUUAAAAGCUGUGUCGAUCGUCAGGUCUAUUUCAUUAUGUCAGUCAUGCGUGCUGAUGUUGGAUCAUCAGUUGUACAACAGUAUCCAUCAAAUGUUUCACCUGUUCUUCAAUAUCAUAAGAAGCAGCCACCAUCCGGCUAUAUUCUCAAACAUGGUGAAUAUCAUGGCGGGGAUCGUUCGUGCCAAUGAUGACAAUGAUGAAUUUUCCGUGAAACUUGCAAAAAUCCUUCUUGCUAGGUUAAAGAAGGAAGAUCAAAAUGUUACACCAGCUUCAUUCCAGCUGGCGGAGGGCACAUUUAAGAAUUGCUCCAGUGCACUCAAGGAGCAUCUUCCUAAAGCUGCAAAAAGUUUGGGAAUUCCCGUCGAGGAUUAUGCUGAAGUAGUUGCAUCGUUAUUACAGGGUGCAACUCAAGGGGAAAAAACCAUGGACGUUGAACAUAUAGGAGUAAAUGCCACGUGUCAGGUGGAAGGUGGUCUAGCAGUAACUCCACCUGGCUUAACGGUAAGCGAUGAUGUUCUUAUUCGGAAAAAAAGGAGUCGGAAACCGAACUCCUUACUUAAACCAGAGGAGGGCUACGAUCCUUUGUGGACGUUGCAAGGGUCUCGGACGAGGGAAGCUCCCGCAAAGAAAGGCAAGAGAAAGACUAUUCUUUCUGAAGACCCAAUCGGUGCCAUCCUUAACAAGAGAUUGCCUUCUCAAUCCACAUCUACAUCAUCGAAAGGGGAAGCCUUAUCUGGGGAAGUCUCUAACUUCCAAAAUACGAAGAAGAGUACCGCGUCUGGCGACAAGGGUUCCGAGGUAAAGGAUGCCAGCACUUGUGUUGGUGAAGAGGUGGUUGGCCGCAGGAUAAAGGUUUUGUGGCCACUGGAUCAGAUAUUUUACGAAGGGAAAAUUACAUCUUUCGACAAUUCGAACAAAACACACCAGGUUGACUACGAUGACGGUGACCAUGAAAAAUUAGACCUUAGUAAGGAAUGCUGGCUACUGAUAGGUGACGGCGGUUUGUCCACUCAGGAUCAGAAGAUUGAUGCAAAUCCAGGUUCCUCAGCAGAGAUAUUGACUGAUCAUGGAACAAAGUCUUCUCGUAUGUUGAAAGGGAAAGAGAAGGAAAUUCGGAUCGAGGUUCUGGACUGAUGCUUUGGCUUUCAUGCUAACCUAAAGAAGCAAUUCUACACGUUUCGAGUAAAGGUUUCUCGUGGACGAAAGAGAUAAUAUUUGAUGCUGCUAUGUUAAGAGCUUAAUCGAUUUCUUUGUUUCCUAAUCGCAAUUAAGGAGUUGUCCGGAUUUUCAUAAAUAGGGGUGUAAACAAAUCGGGUCGAACCGAACAUAUGGUUUGAAUGUUUAUCAAGCUUUCACAGUUGUGUUUAAGCUUGGUUCCAUAGAGAAAUUCAGCUGAACUCGAACGAGCUUUAAUCUUACAAUAAAUUAAUCUUUUAAUUAUUCA